AUGGCAACAAAUGGCUCGCAAGGCGGCGGGCUUCGCAUCGCUAUGGGCGCCGACGAUGCUGGAUGCGGCUACAAGAACAAGAUCAAGGCCGAUCUCGAGGCCGACCCUCGAGUCGCCAAAGUCAUCGAUGUCGGCGUCAACGAUAGCUCGGACAAGACUGCAUACCCUCACCCUGCGGUAGACGCGGCCAAGCUCAUAAAGAACGGUGAGGUCGACCGCGCAUUGUUGAUUUGCGGCACCGGACUCGGUGUUGCCAUCAGCGCGAACAAGGUACCAGGUAUCAGAGCUGUGACGGCUCAUGACAGCUUCAGCGUUGAGCGGGCGAUCUUAAGCAAUGAUGCGCAAGUACUUUGCAUGGGCGAGCGCGUGGUUGGCAUUGAGCUUGCCAGAAGGUUGGCAAAGGAGUGGGUAGGGUACAAGUUUGACCCUAAUAGCGCGAGCGCGAAGAAAGUGGAGGCGAUCAUGGAGCACGAGAAGCAGAACUACGCAUCGUAA